GUUUGUGCUCAUGAGAGAGUAUCCCUUUGUCUUUAUUCAAAUAACACAAUAAAAAACCCAGAAAGAAAAUGAAAUGAACACACACUAUAUAAUUCGCAUAUUCACACACACACAAAACAAUUUGCAGCUCUGACCCUCUUUUGCUUUGCUUCGUCGCUACCUUUUUCCUGUUUGUCAAUUAUUUACCAACAAAUUUCAUAGUAGUAAAGAAAAAGUGGAACGAUGGAGUGGGAAAAGCAACCGCCGCGGGCGGCGGAGGAGGCGGGCGGCGGCGUCGUUGGUGGCGGGAUGUUUGUGAAGGUGAUGACCGACGAGCAAAUGGAGGUUCUUAGGAAGCAGAUAGCGGUGUACGCCACCAUUUGCGAGGAGCUCGUCGAGCUACACAAAUCCCUCACUUCGCAGAACGAUCUUGCCGGUGUGAGGCUGGGUAACCUAUACUGCGACCCAUUAAUAGCCAGUGGGGCCCACAAAAUCUCCGGGAGGCAACGUUGGACCCCAACUCCAAUGCAGCUCCAGAUCUUAGAACGCAUAUUCGACCAGGGGAUCGGGACCCCGAGCAAGCAGAAGAUCAAAGAGAUAACUGCUGAGCUGUCUCAACACGGUCAGAUAUCCGAGACUAACGUCUACAACUGGUUUCAGAACAGGCGGGCCCGCUCAAAGAGAAAGCAGCAAUCUGCCCCAUCCACUAAUGACUCUGAAGUCGAAACUGAGGUUGAGUCCCCCAAUGACAAGAAGACUAGGCAGCCCGAAGACGAGUUCCAGCCCAUGCUGCCUGCCAGGCCCAAUCAGGAGCUCUGCUUUCAGAGCCCGCGGGCCCAUCCUGUGGACCUGCACGCGGGGAAGCACGACUCUGCCUUGCCUCAGGAGGGAAGCUCCAAGUUCGGUGAGGCCAUGAGCCAGAUGUCGUUCUAUGGGAGUAUGUUGUCAAAUACAAGAAUGGACCAGUUCAUGGGAAAGAUGGAAGUACCGGGGAGUUAUAGUCCUUAUUUGCAGCAAGAUGAGUACAGCAUGGAGGGUUGAGCAUAAUUUAUAGUUUUUAUAAUGUAUGUGGUUCUUUUUACAAAUUAUUAAUAUUCUAGUCUCAAGUGAUAAAGCCAAAUCGCGGGUUCUGAUCGUCUCAUGUUCUUGGAGAUUCAGAGCCCGAACAUGAAGACCGAACUUAUCCCACUAGCAAAUUAUGUUGGUAUUAUUGCCAAAUUAAUCAUUGGACAUCUUCUUUCUUCCCUGAUUCAAUCUAUACCUCUUUCUUUCUUUUUAUCAUCAUGGUGGCUUAUAUAGUUUAGAGUUUACUCUCCCUGUCUUGUUUCGGGUCUUCUUUUUCCUCUGUUGGGCAUCUGCAGUGUGUAUCAUAUUAUCUUUGACAGAUUUACAAUUUUCUAAGUUUGUAAUGUUUUAUGACAAAAACUAUAUCUAUAUGCCCAACUGUAGACUUCAGUAA